AUGGCACGCGUCCUAUGUGUGGCAUCUUUCUUUCUCUUUCUGACUAAGCUCAGCAUUGGCCAGAGAGAAGUAACAGUUCAGAAAGGACCACUGUUUAGAGCUGAAGGUUACCCAAUCAGCAUCGGGUGCAAUGUAACUGGCUACCAGGGACCUUCUGAGCAGCAUUUCCAGUGGUCUGUUUACCUGCCGACAGCCCCAACCCAGGAGGUCCAGAUCGUUAGCACCAAGGAUGUCACCUUCUCUUACGCAAUGUAUGCACCGCGGGUGCAAAGCAGGGAAAUCUACGUGGAGAGGGUCCAGGGCAACUCAGUCUUGUUGCACAUCUCAGAGCUCCAGAUGAAGGACACUGGUGAAUAUGAGUGUCACACACCGAACACUGAUGGAAAAUACUAUGGGAGUUACAGUGCAAAGACUAAUCUAAUUGUUAUUCCAGAUACACUCUCUGCCACCAUGAGUUCCCAGACUUUCAGUAAGGAGGAAGGUGAGCCAUUAGAACUCAUCUGUAAGGCAUCCAAAGCCACAGCUCAGCAUACCCACCUCUCUGUCACCUGGUACCUGAUGCAGGAUGGAGGAAGAAGCCAAGCCACCAGGAUUAUUUCUCUCUCCAAAGAUUUUAUGUUGAUACCUGGGCCCUUGUAUACAGAGAGGUUUGCAGCCGGUGACGUGCGGCUUGACAAGCUUGGGGUCGCCACCUACAGGCUAUCCAUAGAGAAGCUCCAGCCCUCAGAUCAAGGCCGGCUUUUCUGUGAGGCAAUGGAAUGGAUUCAGGAUCCAGAUGAAACCUGGACUUUUAUCACAAAAAAGCAGACAGACCAAACUACUCUGAGGAUCCAGCCAUCAGUGAGAGAUUUUCAUGUCAACAUUACAGCUGAGAGCACAUUUGCUGAAGGGAAACCCUUAGAACUGAUUUGCCUGGUUGUGGGCAGUGGCCGGGACCCACAGCUUCAGGGCUCUUGGUUCUUCAAUGGGAUUGAAAUUGCCCACAUGGAUGCUGGUGGAGUCCAGGACCUGAAGAAAGACUACAAAGAGAGGGCAAGUCAAGGACAGCUCCAGGUUUCAAGGUUAGGCCCCAAGGCUUUCUCUCUCAAGAUCUUUGCAGUGGGCCCGGAGGACACAGGCACCUACAGAUGUGCAGUGGCAGAGGUGGUGCGAACUCAGACAGGUUCCUGGCAGGUGCUUCAAAGAAGGCAGUCACCAGACAGCCACGUGCACCUAAAGAAGCCAGCAGCAAGAAGUGUGGUCUUGUCUACCAAGAACAAGCAGCAAGCUGUAUGGGAAGGAGAGGAACUCACUCUUCUCUGCAAGGCGGGUGGAGCUGAAAGUCCUCUGUCUGUGAUCUGGUGGCACAUUCCACAGGACCAGACACAGCCAGAGUUUGUGGCUGCCAUUGGGCAGGACGGUAUUGUGCAACUGGGUGCCUCCUAUGGGGCACCCAGUUACCAUGGCAACAUAAGGCUGGGGAAAGUGAACUGGGCCACCUUCCAGCUGGAGAUCACCUCCACCACCAUCACAGACAGUGGCAUGUACGAGUGCAGAGUGUCUGAGAGGACCCAGAACCAGGCCAGAGAUCUCAGCUGGACUCAGAAGAUUUCAGUUACUGUAAAAUCUCUGGAGUCAAGUUUACAAGUUAGACUGAUGAGCCGUCAACCACAAGUGAGGUUAACCAAUACCCUUGACCUGUCCUGCAUAGUAGUGGCCAACUACUCUGACCUCAAGGUACCACUCACUGUGACAUGGCAGUUCCAGCCAGUUGGAUCUCAAGUCUUUCACCAGCUUAUUCGAAUCACCCAUGAUGGCACUGUUGAAUGGGGGGAUUUCCUAUCCCAUUUCCAAAAGAAGACAAAGGUUUCACGCUCUUCAUUUCGUUCUCAACUCCUAAUCCAUGAUGCCGCUGAGGAAGACACAGGAACGUAUCGGUGUAAAGUGGAAGUUUAUGACAGAAAUUCCCUACACACAAACAGCCCUUGGAGGGCUUCCGCCGUCUCUCACCCACUGAGGAUAGCCGUCACUUUACCAGAGAGCAAGCUAAGAGUGGAUUCAAGCAGCCGAGUCCAAGAAGUCUCUGUCAACUCCAACACAGAUAUAGAAUGUAACAUCUUGUCCCGGUCCUUUGGAAACCUUCAGUUAGCCAUUAUUUGGUACUUUUCUCCUAUUUACAUUAAUUCAUCCUGGCUGAAGAUCCUGGAAAUGGACCAAAACAGUAUUGUAAAAUAUGGAGAUGAAUUUCACACCCCACAGAGAAAACAAAAAUUUCACAUCGAGAAAGUUUCCCAAUACUUGUUUCAGCUACACAUUCUGAACGUGGAAGACCGUGAUCAGGGCAAAUAUCACUGUGCUGUGGAGGAAUGGCUCUUGUCUACAAAUGGCACUUGGCGUAAGCUUGGAGGAGAGAAGUCAGGACUGACAGAAUUGAAACUCAAGCCCACAGGAAGUAAGAUACGCAUCUCCAAAGUGUACCAGACAGAAAAUGCUACCGAGCACAGAGAUGUGGCCAUCCGCUGCAGCCUGGAGAGUUCAGGCAACUCAGCCUCCCUGUACUCUGUGAUGUGGUACAGGAACAGAGAAAACUCUAGAAGUGAAAUGCUGGUGCAUCUGCAGCAUGAUGGCCUGCUGGAGUAUGGUGAAGAGGGGCUCAGGAGGCCCCUGCACUGCUACCGUUCAUCCCCUACAGACUUUGUCCUGAAGCUUCACCAGGUGGAGAUGGAGGAUGCUGGAAUAUAUUGGUGCAGGGUGGCUGAGUGGCAGCUGCAUGGACACUCAAGCAAGUGGGUCAACCAAGCAUCAGAUGAGUCACAGCGUAUCGUGCUCACGGUGCAGCCUUCAGAGCCCACGUUUCCUUCCAGGAUCUGUUCCUCAGCACCUUUGCUCUAUUUCCUACUCACCUGUCCCUUUGUCCUGUUCAUUCUUCUGCUCAUUUCCCUCCUCUGCUUAUUCUGGAAGACCAGGAGGCUGUCAACACUGAGUUUCAAUGCACAAAAAGAAAAAGCUCUCUGGGUGGACUCGAAAGGGGCUGGAGGCAGGAUCACAAACGGCCGGGACGAUGAAGAGGAAGAUGAAGGCAAUUGA